UUCUUUUUGUUGACAUCAAAUAGCAUUUCCAUAUCUAUUGUCCUUCGGUACUGAGGAAAAAUACUGCACAAAAUAUAUUUACAUCUAUUCUCCGUAUUUAUUGUGGAAUAAGCCGAUUUGCGGUGUACCAAUUUAGUUUACUUGUGAGCUGUGCAACAAAAGCCAUGGAAGAAGAUUUACCGACAGAGUUUGAUUUAAUUGUAAUCGGAACGGGCCUCACGGAAUCGAUCAUAGCGGCUGCAGCCAGUCGCAUUGGGAAAACGGUUUUGCAUUUAGAUACGAAUGACUAUUACGGUGGCUACUGGGCCUCUUUCAAUUUGGAAGCAUUUCGAAAGUAUCUUAACUCGAGCGCAACUCAAAUUUCCACCGCGGUAGAGGCGAUCAAUAAUAAUUUUCUCCCACUGCAAGCACAACCAACAUUGGUACGAAACGUCCAAGAGCAAUGGUACAAUUUCACCGAAAAGGGCGAUGUAGAUGGUUGGAACCGGGAAAAAAUUGAGCAAGAGUUUCGCAAGUUUAACAUUGACUUAGUUCCAAAGCUACUUUAUGCGCGUGGUUCAAUGGUGGAACUUUUGAUAUCGUCCAACAUUUGCCGCUACGCCGAAUUUCGUGCGUUAGACCGAGUCGCCACCGUUUGGGAUGGACGCAUUACGACGGUGCCGUGCUCACGAUCGGAUGUGUUUACCAAUAAGGAGGUGAAUGUGGUUGAAAAACGGCUCCUUAUGAAAUUCCUACAGAGCUGUGUCACGUACGAGGAGGAUUCAGAAGCGAAGGAGGAACUGGACGGGAAAACGUUUCUGGAACACUUGCAAAGCCACAAGUUAACACCGAACCUAACCCACUACGUGCUGUGUGCAAUAGCGAUGGGAAAUGCUCGUACGCCAUGCCGGGAAGGUAUAGCGGCUGUGAAAAAAUUCCUCAUGAGUCUCGGUCACUAUGGAAAUAGUCCGUUCCUUUUCCCGGUGUACGGGUGCGGAGAGAUACCGCAGUGCUUCUGCCGGCUGUGUGCCGUUUUCGGUGGAAUCUAUUGCUUGAAUAAGGCUGUGGAAGGCAUACACUUUGAGCAGUGCAACGAAGGCCUCAAAUACGAUUCAGUUAAAUGUGGAAAACAAAACAUUACAUCGAAGGGUUUGGUCGUAGGGCAAGGGUAUAUGUCGCGUGCGGUAUUCAGUAAAAGUACACCGGCGGAAGGCGCAGCUCAGAAAUUGUGUGGGAAUUUGGCACGUGCCGUCAUCCUUACCAAUGUGCCUUUGGGUGGUGCGUCGCAAAACCCGGGAGGGGGUGGGGUGGCAAUCAUGAAGCUUCCUCCCGCAAACAAUCAUCAGGAAGGUGCUACCAUACUCCAGAUGUCCCAUCCCAGUGGAACCUGUCCCAAAGCAAUUUAUCUUAUACACGUGACCACAUUAGCUGUGACGGAAAACCCGGAAGAAGAUCUGAAACCCUACGUAGCACAAAUUCUCAGCAAGGAUUACCUGCCCGCACCGGAAAUCACAAAUGAAAAUGCCAGUGACACUGAGUCGGAAAGCGUUAAUCGUGAAAAUACUUCUUCAACCAUACUUUAUGAAGCAUACUUUAACAUUCCCAGCUGCCUUGCAUGCGCUGAAAAUGCAAAUUUCUCGCUUCCUGUGGGAGUACGCCUCGUAUGCGGUCCAUAUCACGAGCUAGACUAUGAUCAAAGCAUAGAGCAAGCUAAAACAGUUUUCCACGAAAUUUAUCCCGACGAGGAGUUUCUGCCGAGAGCACCAGACCCAGAGGAGAUUAUCAUCGGCGAGGAAGAGCCGGUACCGGACCAGGGAGACUCUCUCCAAGACAGCAACGAACCGGUUGACAAUGCGAGUGAAUGUCGUGAAUUAGAAUCUGAAUCUACCGACGCGCAGGAAGCGAAGGAAGAUGCCGUCGAUAAAGCGGAAGAGUGCACUGAGCAAAAGUAAUGGCAAAAGACCAUAGUCGGGAGAUAAAAAAAUAUACUGCCAACUAUACACAUUGUUUAACAUUAUUAACAUAAAGUGGGAGAUAUAAAAAUCCUAUCGCUUCGUCGCAGCAUCGCCGAUAUUCUAAAUAAAGUGAGCAUUUGAGCUUGUGCAAUA